UUGGAGCAUCUUGUGAAUAAUGCUAUAUAAAUUCAAGUCUUAUUUUCUUUCUUUCCUUUCUGAAGGCUUUGUGUUAUAAUAGGUCUCUGAACCCCAUCAGCUUCCUCAGUAUUUUCAAUAGCUCCCCCCAAGUGGUAAUUCCGAACCAGUACUAAUAAGCCAUUCAACUAUGGUGAGUACACCACAACCAAAUCCAACCCAUCCUCAUCCAACAUUCAUCCAGGUGCACCUUCCAGAAGCAGAGAUCUGCCUGAUGUCUCCUUUCUUGUUUAAUGAACAUUGAUUCCAGUUGCUGUAACACUGCACAGUACAGGCCAGGACAGAACCUGAGAUCUUGACCAUCCUUUCUAACACCAGAGAGUUCAGCAGAAUUAAGGAUACCUUCAGGCAAUAUGCAAAAAACAUUUUUUUAAAUUAAUCUGAUCAGUGAGAUGGUCCCAGGAUCAAUUUUCAGGCCAUGCUGAGGUAAUUGAUGACAUCCACAGCAGAAUAGGACUAGCCUUAGCCUUGGCAUACCUGACCUACAGAAGUGAGUGAAGGAAAUUAUCCAGAUCUCUCGACCCCCAACUUCUACUCACAAAUACCUUGUGGAAAGUGCCCCCUCGAGGGAGGGUAAGGUUGGCAUCAGCUGUGAUGUUGUCUGUGGUUAAAUAGCAGCUGACAGAUAUCACCAUGAGGAAUGAAUAGCUAGUUUGACAAAGUAAGGAUGUUUUGGAACUUCGGCAACAGUUAGCAUCUUUGGAAAGAAAAGUUGAACAUUGCAAAAGCGUUGAUUUGCUAGAUCUCUAUCCAGCGUGUUACUCACCUCGUUUCCAGUCGGGUACAUUGAUAAUGACUGGAGGCUUCCAGCAGAGGGCGGCGGACAGCCGAGGUUGCAAUCUGAUUGGUGAAAAGUUUCGAGCCGCUAUGAAAGUUUGAGUCGUGGGGUUUAAGGCUGGUCCAACAGUGUGUUCGGCACCGCCAACCUGACACGGAGGAAUCGUAUCGACUAGCAAUCUCAGGGACAGAACUCCAUGUAUAUAUAGAAAAGAAAAUCAGUCAUGACUGGUGCCAGUGAAACCUCUAAAAUUGGGACAAUCUAUAGGACCUUGCAGGGCAUGUGAACGCCUAGGGAUCUUACAGUGACAUUUAAACCGUUCUCUUUUCCUACCAACAGAUUCUGGAAGUUAAUAACCCCUUUUAUAAAAUAUACAUGUACUGAAAGUAACACAUGUUUCAGGGUUUUUUUUUCAAGAACUGUUUUAUUAUUGGAGCCUUAUUUGUAAUGCCUGGACCAGGACAGCGAUGGUUUGAUUUAUCGCAAAAGUGAAAGUUUUAUGGAAAACCGUUUGAACUAGUUGGUGCAGACCUUGUGGGGCCUUGAGCAAGUGGGUUGAUGCCAAGAGGCAGUAAGCUGAGGAUGGAUUUCCUGUAUCUCCUUGCCUUCACAAUGGCGUUUGGACUGUGCAGUAGUGUGAGGGGACCUCCGAGGAUUGCUAAGAAAGUGAUGAGCCGACAACCAGUGAAGCUCGGCCACACGGUCAGGCUGGCCUGUCCAGUGGAGGGCGACCCUCCACCGUUGACCAUGUGGAUCAAAGAUGGCCGCACCAUCCACAGCGGCUGGACAAGGUUCCGGGUUCUUCAGCAUGGUCUCAAAAUCAAGGAGGUGGAAGUGGAGGACGCGGGAGUCUACGUCUGCAGAGCAACGAACGGUUUUGGCAGCAUCCAUCUCAACUAUACCCUCAUCAUCAUCAAUGACAGCAGUUCUGUAAGCAGCGGCCAGCCCCUUCCUGAAGGACCCCAAUCUGAGUUUGCAAGUGAGGAACCCACAGGAAAGCAGCUAGUUAAACCAAGGUUUACGCAGCCCAGCAAAAUGCGUCAGCGAGUGAUAGCACGGCCUGUUGGCAGCUCAGUCCGGUUGAAGUGCACCGCAAGUGGGAACCCUCGCCCAGACAUUGUGUGGUGGAAGGAUGACCAGCGGCUCUCUGAGAACAAGAGGAACAGGUGGACACUUAGCCUGAGGAAUCUAAAGCCUGAGAGCAGUGGGAAGUACACAUGUCGCGUCUUCAACACGGCGGGGGAGAUCAACGCCACCUAUAAACUUGAUGUUGUUGAGAGGACAAGGUCCAAACCUGUUUUAACUGGCACUCAUCCAGUCAACACAACAGUAGAAUAUGGAGGCACAACGUCCUUCCAAUGUAAGGUGCGCAGUGAUGUGAAGCCUGUCGUCCAGUGGCUAAAACGCGUGGAGUACGGAACUGAGAACAAGUACAAUUCUACUAUCGAGGUUGGCGGGCAGAAGUUUGUGGUCCUACCAGCCGGUGAUGUCUGGUUCCGCCCAGACGGUUCUUACCUGAACAAGCUGCUGAUAGCACGGGCGACAGAAGACCACUCCGGCAUGUACAUCUGUCUGGGGGCCAACACAAUGGGCUACAGCUUUCGCAGUGCCUUUCUCACUGUGCUUCCAGAUCCCAAGAUCGAGAAGACAACCACCUCUUCGCGUGCCGCCAGUGGCUUACCAUGGCCAGUAAUCAUUGGAAUCCCAGCUGGUGCCAUCUUCAUCUCUGGCAUGAUACUGCUUUGGUUUUGCCAGACCAGGAGGCACGGGUCUGUGCCACCACCGCACCGACACCAGCGGGACUGUGUGGUCCUGGAUAAAGACUGCGUGCCAAUUGGAAACCCAGAAUUCACAGUGGCAGCCCAGCCUCACCUGCUGGUUCAAGCCCCCACUAUGGUGCCCACAGUCACCCCCAAAAUGUACCCCAAGAUCUACACGGACUUCCACACCCACACCCAUGCGCACACAGAGGGGAAGAUCCACCAGCAUCAACACUUCCACUAUCAGUGCUAGCUGUGAAGGCCUUGAUCCUGGCACUGUUCCAUGCCAUCCCAGGGCUCUCACAAAAGAAAGAACACCAAGUGUUAAAUGGCACGUUGACUCCUAAUCUCAUUGCCCAUCAUGUAUUUAAAAAGAAAAUGUGAACACACUGCCUGCAGCCCAGUGUUCAGAAGUCUCUUUGAGCCUCUGGUACCUCUGCCUGAAGUGGCAUCCCUCUGGCCAUUCACCAUUGACAGAAACCAUACUUGGCUACAGGGGCGGACUGAAGCAAUCAUGGUCUAUACCUCUGCUGUAGGACCUGGAUGCUGUAGGAGAGGUGGUUGCUGGGGGCGCCUGGACUGAACUAUCUCCAAGAGAUUCUGAAUGGUGCCUUUGUUUGGUCUGUUUAUCCUGUUUCUCUGUGCUACUAAUCUCUCUAAACUCAUGGGCAGGAUUGCUACUUGUCCACUUUUGUUCCGCACAGAGCAGUUUUUAUUCAUUGAAUGAGGUGUCCAGAAAUGUCUAAAAUGUAAAACAAGGCAGAUGUAUAGUUUUGACUUUCUAAGAUAGCCCAUUGCUCAGCUAGACAUUCGCACCUCAAGAGGUCAGGGUCCUUUUGCUGUGAGCUUGCUGAGGUUUUCAAAGACUGUCAUCAGCAAAGCAAGGAGAAAAAGCAAAAAACAACUCAAGCUACAGUUCCACUUGCUCUUCACUCCCAGGCCCAGCCACACUGUUCUGUUUUAGACUUCACAGAAGUAGCAACCCUAACAAUCUGGACAACAGUGGCCCAAAUUUGUAAUGUUUGGCAAAAUUAGCUCUUCUCAACACUUUACUCAUUUCAGAUUUUUUGACAAACUUCAGUCUCAUUAAGAAAUGAAGAUUCACAACAAACAAAAGCCAGCUAAUGGUUUUUCUUCUGAACGGCCUGGCUCCUGAAAUUCAGUGAUCCAGAACCAGGACCCAGGUAAAUAAAUUGGGAUCAGCACCAAUCUGAAAAACUAAACUAAGGCUUGUUUGUUCAACCCUUUAGUCUAAUCCAUCAUUUUCAGGCAAAUAUCUGGACACCUCUGCACUGAGGUAUGGAAGUGCGUGACUGUACAUAUACUCAACAGUAUGAGAUAAAAAGACAACACUAUGUACAAAGGAUGUAAUUGGAUGAUAUUUUCUCAUCAAAAUAUUUAUG